GGGACAGGGUUUAUAAGAAGGGGGAAGACUUCAGGUUAGGGUGGUUUAGAAUUAAAGCUCUCUAAAGGUAACAAGAGCUUUCUGAAGUUAGGGGAAUAGCGGAGGAGUUGUGGCCUACCACUAAUGCCUACCACUUCAGAGCUCAGUUGCCUUCAGGUAGCACUAGAGUUCAGAUGAUGAUGAAAUUUCUUUUUCUUUUGAAAUAUAUUCAUGAUACAUGGAAGAGCCCCAGCUCCACUACCUGGGCAACAGAUACUAGUCUUGCGCUUGGGUAUGGAUUGGUGCACUUCGCCCUAUUCAUUUCACAUUUUCGUGUUAAUCAAUCUACCCCAAUAACUGGGAAAAAGAACAGCAGAGAGCACCAUAGGCAGAAGAGAUGGGUCAAGAGCAAGAAGAGCUGUUCUCUGAAAGGACGAUCCUGCUCAAGAAUCUCUCCUCUCUGCUGUGACCCAGUUUCUGUUUUUAGCUGGGAUAGCCUGAAUGGAAUCAAGGCACCUCAGGUCCCAGUUGUUCUUCUACAAAGCCACGUACAGGAGUUCUGUGACAAGGGAAGACUUCAGCAACACUCAAAUGGAGCCAUCUUAGGUGAGGAGUUCAAACCAGGGCCUGCCAGAGUCCACCGGCCAUACAGGCACUUCAUGGAAGAUCCAUCUCCUAACGCCAUGUGCCUGCUGGCUUCCCUGGCUCCUGGGACCCAGAACCUUCUGCCUCUGGCUUCAUCCCUAUUAGCAGGACCUCACAAAGACUUGAUGAGAUUCCUGCUGGGCCCCAGCCCAAGGAGUUCCUGUCUUGGACAACUUGAUAACUGUUACUUACCAUCUCUCAUCAGGGCCAUCUCUGGCCCUGAUCACUAUCAAUCUUUUAUUUUGUUCUUCUCCUGGUCAUGUACAACUACUAACACCUUAUUUAUCUUCACUUGGGCACAUGGCCAAGUCCAGCAAGGACAUUAUUCAUAUAGUCCACCAGAUCCCUGCCACUGGCAAGGAGAGCAUAGGGGCCUCUGUUUCAACCAGGCCAAUGUUAACAGCUUCCUAUUGAUAACGGUCAUUUACAAACUGAAAAUAAUAACUAGUGAGUCUAGGCUGCCCCCUGGAAUUUCUGGGUGUCAUGUUCAAGUGCAAGGCGUGCAAGGCAUCAUGGCACAGCCCUUCUGGAACACACAAGGUCAAUCAGAGUUGCUUCUAAGAUCUCAGCAGCUCUCUUACUGCACGGUCUCGGGGGAUAAUUUAGACCAUCGAUGCAACCAGCUCUCCUGGAACCUGAUAUGUCUGUAUAGGGAGUCCUUGGUGACUACUACCUAUAUCUCUAACAGGCCUUCUCUACUACAUCAAUUUAUCAAAUUUCAUGGGUUUAAUACCCAAUUCCUGCUACAAUUUCUAGCUGAAGGACCUCCACAGCUUUCUCAGACUGCAGCCUUCUCAGAGUAUGACUUCAGUGUGAACCAACUCAGAUUUUUGACACAAAAUAAGUCUCCAUCUCUGCCUCAGGGCCAGACUCGGGCCCUAAUUCACUAUGACUUCAGUGUGAACCAGCUCAGAUUUUUGACACAAAAUAAGUCCCCAUCUCUGCCUCAGGGACAGACUCGGGCCCUAAUCCACUAUGACCUCAAUGUGAGCCAACUCCAAUUUUUGAUGCAAAAUAUGUGUCCAUCUCUGCCUCAGGGCCAGACUCGGGCCCUAAUUCACUAUGACUUCAAUGCAAACAAACUCCGAUUUUUGACACAAAAUAAGUCACCAUCUCUGUCUCAGGACUGUACUCAGGCCCUAAUCCACUAUGACUUCAAUGUGAACCAACUCCGAUUUUUGACACAAAAUAUGUGUCCAUCUCUGCCUCAGAGCCACACUCGGACCUUAAUCCACUAUGACCUCAAUGUGAACCAGCUCCAACUUUUAACACAGAGUAUGUCCUCAUCUAUGUCUCAGGGCCAGGCUCGAGCCCUAAUUCCAUGUUCUCUCCAAAACCCACCACCUUCUUCCCUAUCCUGGAUUAGGGCCUGUACAACAACUGUUCCUACAACCCAGCUAAAGGCACAGUAUUUCAUCUCAAAGGAAAAUAAGUACCUGGAAUGGCCCUUGCAGAAGCUACUGAAACAGAGGAUGGUUUGCAUUUCCAUGCUCCAAAAAGCUCGGGAAGCCACUAGCAAACCAACUCUUGACCUUCCACUAGGAAGCCAGGCCUCCCAGACUCCCAAAUUAGCUGCCAUCUUUCCUGAGUAUUCUAAGAACCAGGUGCAGGAGAAGCAGGUGCCCACACAGCCCUCAGCACCUUCUUGUAAAGGAAGCAGAAGUGUGCAGGAGACAAACCCCUGGUGCUCUGACAGCCUUUUAAAGAAAGGCUUGAGUAUCUUCCAACUAAAAGAUUCAAGUGAUGCUCUACAGCAAGAGCCAGAAGAUCAAAUGCAAAGUUUAGGAAUAACCUCCCAGAAAGUUCAAGGGGAUGAUAGCAAGUAUUCAGAAAGUAACUUCAAGAAGCCUGGGAAGGGUGAUGCAGGAAGUCACUGUUUUAGGAAUUCAUACAAAAAACAUCCGGGAAAGCACCUGCAAGAACAUCUGGUCAGGAAGUUGGGGCAAAUGCAUGAGGGCCUAGUCCCUGUUUGUGUACGAAAAUCUUGGCUUUACUCCACUAACAACUUGCCUGUGUUUAACACCUACACACAAUCCAGACACCUAGCAUAUGCCAAGGGCCAGGAAACCCAUGUGGAAACCUCUCAGGAGCUUCCCUUCUUCAAUCCAAAAACUUGCCUGUUACAUGAAGCACAUAUUAAAAGAUCUUGGUUAAGGCGCAGGUGGAGGCAAUACUUACAGGCUCCCCCACCCAUAAAUAUCCACAUAGGUGAGAGGGUAGCCUCACACUUUCCACUGCCCACUUUUACUUCUUUGACCUCCUCAGGCUCCAACUUAAUUGCUGAAGUUGAAACUAUUCUUGACCAAUAUCCUCAGAACUUUACUGCUGAGGGUGAAACUAUCCUUAACAAAUAUCCUCAGAAAGUUCCAGAACAGGAGGAGGUAACACAAAUCUCACUCAACACCCCACAGAGUCCUCUUCCUGCCUCGCCAGGUGCACAUGACAAAAUGCAGAGCCCCUGCAGUGAGAUCCUAGCUUGUCACCACUGUUGGCCCUCAGAGGCCCUACCAACUACGCAGAAUGGUGACCAUCGUUCUCCCUGCUGCAUCAACAGGCUCCUGGACAGAAUCUGUCAAGGCAGUACUGCCUUGGGCCUCAGAAAAGAGAGACUGGGUUCCAGUCCAAGUUCAACAAUGGCCAGGUUUGAGCCACAGAAAAACAACUGUGCUGUGCCCUCAGGAGAAACUUGCCAUAAUAUGGUAACACAAGAGGUCAAAGUAGGGUGCCAGCUGUCAAUGGCCAAGAUGUCUGGUCCAACCAAGAAGAGAGUGGACUAUGGUAGGCCUAAGGAAAAAGAGCAGGAAGAGAAAUAUGGGGGAGAGAGGCCUUCCCAUGACUUUGAGCUUAACCCUCCUGCCAAGGUCAGAGAAACAGACACUAGAGUGAGGAAGUUUUUCCUACACCUGUCAAAGAAGAAACAGGCUGUUCCACCCACCAAAGGGGAGAAGAAGAUGAAGUUUCUACAGUUUCUUAAACCUAAAAAAAAAAGUAAAAGUAAAGGGCAAGAAAACUCAUUGCAAGAAGCUAAGCUCCCAUCAACUACAAACCAGCAGGAAGAGUCAAACAGAAGCCAGUUGUUCAUGGACAGUAAGGAGGCUGAAGUCCAGGCACUCAUGACAGUUGUUGGGCAGAUCCUGGUGGACAAGCUAGGGGGUUGCCAUGGAAGUGGUUCACCAGAGGUGCACCGGUGUGAACCUGUUACUGAUCAGCAGGAGGAAUCAAACACAAACCAGUUAUUUGUGGAGAGUACAGUGGCUGAGGUCCAAGAGAUUUUGAGAAUUGUUGGACAGAUCCUGGUGGGCAAGCUAGGGGGUUGUCAUGGAAGUGGUCCACCAGAGGUACACUGUCCUGAGCCUGUUACUGACAAGCAGAAGUCAAAUGUAAGCCAAUUUUUCAGGGAGAAUAGAGUGGCUGAGGUCCAGGCAAUCAUAGUAAUUGUUGGGCAGAUCCUGGUGGACAAGCUAGGUGGUUGCUAUGAAAGUGCUCAACCAGAGGUGCACUGGCGUAAACCUGUUACUGACCAGUGGGAGGAGUCAAACAUAAGCCAGCUGUUCGUGGAGAAUAGGGUGGCUGAGGUCCAAGCGAUUAUGGCAAUUGUUGGACAGAUCCUGGUGGACAAGCUAGGGUGUUGCCAGGGAAGUGGUCCAUCAAAGUUACACCGGCAGAAACCUGUGUGUAAGUGUUCCUGCUAUGACAGAAUUAACUCCAACCCAGACAAAAGGAGAGAGAUGAGAGAGAUGGCUAGUGGUCGCCAAGCCAGAACCAAGGACCACAGCCAUACUACCGGCAAUGGGGACUGCAACCAGGCCUUGGUGAAUGCAGAGACAGCAACUCCCACCACUUGCUGUUAGUGUAGGCAGGAAGAACAGGUGCCUUAGGCCAUCUUUACAAUCACUCUGUAUGCUGUCUUCAAAGAGGUGCCGUAUCAGGCCAACCAGAUAAAUUUACCCACACCAUAACUUGUAAGAAAAUAUGUUCUGCAAAACAUUGAAUACAUAUAAAUUGUGUCUCCUGUGAGCACAUCUUUUGUGCCAAUGACUUUUCCUCCUGAAAUAUCUAUUACUUUCUAAUAUAUAUUUUUCUCAUUAUA